AUGGCACCGGAUCCAGAGAAAGUCUAUCCUUCUGUCAUCACUCAAUCCUCGUCUCCACAACUCAUAGUUGAGCCAGCAACUCCAAUCCACCAUACAGCCGAUUCUGAAAAGAAAACAUACACAUCUACAGAUAAUUCACCGACCACUUCCGUUGCACGAUCAGAUUCAGACCGGGACGACCGACCACUGACGCUUACCGCCACCCAAAAUUCAAGGCUUGAAGCUACGAGAACUGUAACGAGACUGAGCACGCGUGGGACAACUUUCACGGCAGACCCCUCAUACGAGGUUGAUUUCGAAGAUGAUGACCCUGACAAUCCGCGUAAUUGGUCUAUGUGGUACAAAUCCUACGUCCUUUUCACCGUAUCGUUCGGUACUCUCUUGGUUGUGUCCAAUAGCACGGCGUACACUGCUGCUAUUGGAGAUAUGAUGAAGGAGUUCGACAUCUCAGACAAAGUGGUUCCAACCCUUGGAAUCACUACUUACUUGUUCGGCCUGGCAGUUGGAUCACUAAUAUUGGCUCCCAUCGCUGAAACUUACGGCAGACGGCCCGUGUAUACAAUGGGACUCCUUGUAUUCGCCAUUCUCGUACUUCCAGUUUCUCUAGUACACAGUAUGGACGCAAUCAUUGUUCUACGGUUUUUCUCGGCGAUAUUCGGGAGUGCCACCAUUGCCAACGCUCCAGGAACCAUCGCUGACAUGGUUUCCGAUGAGUAUCGAGCCGUGGCGUUCUCGAUCUGGAGUAUCGGUCCCAUGAAUGGCCCUGUCAUCGGCCCUGUCCUCGGCGGCUAUAUCACCCAGUACAAGGGUUGGAGAUUUACCAACUGGGUCAUUCUGAUAUGGGCAGGAGUGUCUUUUCUUUUGCUCGUUACGGUGCGAGAGACCUACAGUCCUGUCUUGUUGCAGCGAAAGGCUGCAAAGUUACGAAAGGACAACGAUGACUCAAGAUAUUGGAGCCGAUAUGAUAUCAAGGUUGGCUUCAUUGAGCUUAUGAAGAUCAAUCUCAGCCGACCUUUCAUAAUGGCUGUGACCGAGCCAAUUUGCAUCUUCUGGAACGCUUACAUAUCCCUCAUCUAUGGAAUCCUCUAUCUCUGUUUUGUUGCAUAUCCGAUCGUCUUCACCGAAGAACGUGGUUGGUCAGUGGGAAUGACCGGGUUAUCGUUCGUCGGCAUCGGGAUCGGCAGCAUGAUAGCAAUAAUUCUCGCCACCCCAAUCAAGCGAAUGAUCGAAUCUCAUAAACUGGAUGAAGAUGGUACUCUCCCACCUGAAUCCAUGAUGAGUAUUGUUUGCAUCGGCUCGAUACUUGUUCCCAUAGGCCAACUCUGGUUUUCGUGGACGUGCUAUCCCGUCAGCAUCCACUGGGCCUUGCCAAUCGCGGCAGGUAUCCCUUUCGGAUUCGGCAACUGUGUGGUCUUUAUUUACGCUGGAAAUUAUUUGGCUUAUAGCUAUGGGAUUUAUGCUGCAAGUGCAAUGGCUGGCAAUGCUGUCCUUCGAUCUUUUAUUGGCGGUACUCUGCCCUUGGCUGGGCCUGCAAUGUAUGCUGCAAUGGGCCCCAACUGGGCAGGCACGCUACUUGGUCUUCUUGAAGUCGCCAUCAUUCCCAUUCCAUUCCUGUUUUACAAAUAUGGUCACCGGAUACGACAGAAGUCCAGCAUGAUCCGCGAGAUGCGGGAGAAUGAAUUACGGCAAGAGCGCAAGAGGAAAGAGGCAGAGGAGAGAUUGAGAAUUGCUGUCAUGAGUGGUGACGAGACGGAGAAGGAGGAGGCCCAGGUAUACCUGUGUCGUGUCAGGAGUAGGGUUGAUGAGCGACGAGAUGUUGAGGAACAUGGUCACGAAAUCUUAAAUCGAAAUCAGGGUCUGGAUAAGGAGAUGGUGUGA